CUUCUUACAUUAACUAUUACAUUAACUAUUCAUAAUUAAGUAUCAAUUGAACUAUGGCAUUCCUCGACUCAAUCCGUGAACGGGCCGUGUCGACCCUCAACCAGGUGCUUGACCGGAAACCGAACCGAGGAUUGUCUCCACAAGAAGUGUUUUGUCGAGAGUAUAACUUACCCAAUGGAGAAGUUAUCCUUCAUGAUACUCUAGCAGAAGUACUGAUUGUAUCGGAUAAUUCAAAAAUUGGAUAUAAAGAUUUAGGACCAAUUGCUCAAGGUAAAGUAUAUAUAACUGAACAUUUUUUAGUAUUCCGAGAUAAUUAUGAUCGACUUAAUUGUUCAUUUACUCUUCACCUUUCAGCUGUUAAAAAAGUUGAAAGAAGUCAAACAUCAAAUUAUGAUUUUACUUUAACUAUAACAACUCAUAGUAAACUUAAUAUAGUUCUUUCAUUAGUGGGAUUACGGAAUAAUCUGGAAAGAUUUGGUCAAGUAUUAAAGAUUACUCUAAAGAAGAAUCUUGCCAAUAUUAAGAAACUUCAACCAUUUAUUCAAACUUGUUAUUCAGAAUAUCUUUUAGCAAAAAAUCAUGUUUCAAAUGAAAAAAUUGAACAUAUGCCUAAUGGAGGUUUAGGACUUGUAUUUAAAUUUCCUGGUAAUCCAAGAGAACAACGAGAUAAAUCUAAAAUGAAAUUAUGGUUUGAUUUAUUUCGAGCUGAUGGUAGAAAUUUAUCAUUAAUUAAAACUCCAAUGUUUUAUAAAUUAAUUAGAGUAGGAUUACCUAAUCGAUUAAGAGGAGAAAUAUGGGAAUUAUGUUGUGGAUCAAUGUAUUUAAGACUUGAUAAUCAAGAUGAAUAUCAUUUAAUUUUAGAAGCUAAUAAGAAUAAAAAAUCGUUAGCCGUUGAUGAAAUUGAAAAAGAUUUAAAUCGGUCACUUCCUGAAUAUGCUGCUUAUCAAAGUGUUGAAGGAAUUUCUCGAUUAAGAAAUGUUUUAACAGCAUAUUCAUGGAAAAAUCCCGAAAUUGGUUAUUGUCAAGCAAUGAAUAUUGUUGUUGCUGCUUUAUUAAUUUAUAUGUCUGAAGAACAAGCAUUUUGGCUAUUAAAUUUAUUAGUUGAUAGAAUUGUUCCUGGUUAUUAUUCAAAAACUAUGUAUGGAACUUUAUUAGAUCAAAAAGUAUUUGAAUCAUUAGUUCAAAGUUGUAUGCCAUUAUUAUGGGAUCAUAUAACUAAAAAUGAUAUUCAAUUAUCAGUAGUUUCAUUACCAUGGUUUUUAUCAUUAUAUUUAAGUUCUAUGCCAUUAGUAUUUGCGUUUAGAAUUCUUGAUGUAUUCUUUCUUCAAGGUCCAAAAACUUUAUUUCAAGUGGCUUUAGCAAUUUUAAAAAUUAAUGGUGAAGCCCUUUUACAAUCGGAAGAUGAUGGAAGUUUUAUAUCAAUUAUAAAAACUUAUUUUCAUGAAUUAGAUCAAUCAGCUCAUCCAACAUCUCCAAAUCCAAAAUAUAAAUCUAUUACAAAAUUUCAAGAAUUAUUAGUUACUGCAUUUAAAGAAUUUUCAAAUAUAACUGAAGAUACUAUUGAAAAUCAUCGAUAUAAACAUCGAGAUGGAAUUUUUCAAAAUAUUUCAACUUUUGUUAGACGAACAGAAUUAAGAAAUUUACCCAAGACUAAUAAUAUUGAUAGUGAUACUUUAAGUAUUAUUUAUGAUAGAUUUUAUUCAAUUGUUCAAGCUGAUGUUACAGUAGGUACUGGAUCUAAUUUUAUGGAUUUUAAAUCAUUUAGACAAUUUAUGGCUGAAACUUGUGAUUGGGUUCAACCAAAUAUUAAUAAUGAUAAACGUCAAGAUGUAUUUCUUAAUCAUUUAUUUGCUCAAUGGGAUUCUGAAGGUCAAAGAUUAAUUACUUUAGCCGAUCUUGUUGUUGGAUUAAAUAAAUUAAUUGAUCCUGAUUUAAUGACUUCAAUGUCAAAUUUCUUUCAAUUAUAUGAUUAUAAAAAUUCUGGAAAACUUGAUAGAGAAUGUAUACUUCAAGUAUCAGAAGAUUUACUUAAUAUAACUAAUCCAUGGAAAGAUGGAAUUUUACUUGAUCAAAUUACUGAAACUGCCAUUGAAAAUGCUGUAGCUGAUGAAGUUUAUAAAGCUCAAGCAUCCAAUAAAGAAGAAGACAAAGGUGAAGGUGAAGAUGAAGAUGAUAAACAUGUUACUACUACUAGUACUACUACUAAUAAUCAUAUUAAAUUACCAUCAGAAGUUAAUAUUGAUAAAGAAAAAUUUGCUGCUUUACAAAGUCAACGGUAUUUACAAGCUGCUAGUACAUUUAUUCAACGAGCUUUUGAAUAUGCUCAACCAGAAGAAGAAGAAAUCCUUAUAAAAGAUUUAGCAAUUGAUAAUACUAUUGCUCAUAAUGCAGCUCUUAAUCCCAAUUCUCCAGUAUUCCUAAACCUCCCCACAUUCCGGAUGGUAAUCUUGGCAGAUGAGACUUAUGAAUUAUUCUUUAGUCAUACAUUAAGAAAUUCCAUCCAUUUAGAUAAACCACUCGAUUCCAAGUUUGAUACCAUGCGGAAUUUGAAGGGGAUGUUCGAUGGAUUAUUGGCUGAUGGGAUUAAAGUAGCCAAUAAAGUUCGACAACGAAUGGAUAGUGCGGCCAGUAGUGCACUUAAUCCAAUAGCUAAUAGUGAUGCAUCAUCAAGUAGAUCCGCCAAGAGUCGAAUCCAAGAAGAUGAAGAAGAAGAAAGAGAUGAUGAUUUAGGAGUUAUAUCAAUUGAUGAAGAUAUCCUUAUGUCUCAGGAGACUCAAGGAGUGGAUGGAGGACAUUCUGAAAAUGGAAAACCUCCUCCCCCAACUUCUAAAACUACUACUAGUAGUAGUGCUGGUAGUGCCAGUAACUUAAUCGAGUUUGAUUUAUUAUAAGAAUAUAGAAAAUAUAUGACAUAAGAUAAAUACUAACAAUGCUAAAGUAUGUGAGGUGGGGGUAUAUUAUUUACACGGGGAUAGUAAAAUCCUUUCUAUCUUCAUUAGUUUUAGGAGUCUUUAUAACAGUAUUAGAAACAAUCUUUUGUUUAUUAAUGGUUUCUCCUCGAACAAUUCUUUCCAUUUCUUCUCUUGUUAAAGU